GCAGAACAAAUCCUUUCACAUUACCUGCAGUCCCCCUGCCCUCCGUCACCCCCCCCCUCGUGGAUAUUUUAGGAAUUAUGGAUCUGUCUGAGUUUGGAGAUGCUACAGCCUUCCUCGGAAGAAAUAAAGCUGACCCUCUGUUCCAGCCUCCAGAUUUGGAUGGGAAGAAGAAAUGCUGGGUUCCUGAUGGGAAGAAUGCUUAUAUUGAGGCUGAGGUUAAAGAAAGCAGUGAUGAUGGACAAGUAAUUGUAGAGACUAGAGAUGGAGAGAGUAUAAAAAUUAAGGAGGACAAACUUCAACAGAUGAACCCUGCCGAGCUUGAAAUGGUUGAAGAUCUGUCAAUGCUGCUUUACCUCAAUGAAGCAUCUGUACUGCACACCCUGAGGAGGCGUUAUGACCACGGGAUGAUCUAUACAUAUUCAGGUCUCUUCUGUGUGGCUAUAAACCCUUACAAGUGGCUUCCUGUGUAUCAAAAAGAGGUCAUGGCUGCCUAUAAAAGGAAGAGGCGAUCCGAGGUUCCCCCUCACAUCUUUGCUGUGGCCAAUCGUGCCUUUCAGGAUAUGCUUCGCAGUGGAGAGAACCAGUCCAUACUUUUCACAGGAGAAUCCGGCUCUGGAAAGACAGUGAACACAAAACUGACCAUUCAGUAUUUUGCCACCAUGGCAGCUUUAAGUGAGCCCAAGAAAAAGCUGGGAACUUUAGAAGAUCAAAUUGUACAAAUGAAUCCUAUCUUGGAAGCAUUUGGAAAUGCCAAAACUUGUAAAAACGACAACUCUUCUCGCUUUGGAAAACUCAUUCGGCUACAUUUUGGUGCAAGAGGGACACUGUCCUUUGUAGAUAUCCAGAUCUAUUUUCUCGAAAAAUCUCGAGUGGUUUAUCAGCAGCCUGGAGAGAGGAACUACCAUAUCUUUUACCAAAUUCUGUCUGGAAAACAAGAACUUCAGAACAUGCUUCUAGUGUCCACGAAUCCCUCGGACUUCCAUAUUUGCUCCCGUGGAGUGGUUGCUGUUGAGAGCCUGGACGAUGCUAAAGAAUUUCUGGCCACAGAAAAAGCCAUAGACAUCUUGGGAUUUCUUCCUGAUGAGAAGUUUGGGUGCUAUAAGCUUGUUGGAGCCAUCAUGCACUUUGGAAACCUGAAGUUUAGGCAGAAUCCCAGAGAAGAGCAGCUGGAGGCUGACAGCACAGAAAAUGCUGACAAAGCUGCUUUCCUCAUGGGCAUUAACACUUCUGAGUUAUUAAAAGGCCUGAUAUAUCCUAGAAUCAAAGUUUGUAAUGAAUAUGUUACCAGAAGUCAAAGCCUACAACAGGUAACCUAUGCAGUUGGUGCACUGUCUAAGUCAAUAUAUGAGAGGAUGUUUAAGUGGCUAGUGGCACGCAUGAACCAGGCCCUGGAUACCAAGCUGACAAGCCAUUUCUUCAUUGGUGUUCUUGACAUCACUGGUUUUGAAACACUUGAUUACAAUAGUCUUGAGCAACUCUGCAUCAAUUUUACCAAUGAAAAGUUACAACAGUUUUUCAAUCAGCAACUCUUUAUUCUGGAGCAAGAAGAAUACAGGAAAGAAGGCCUUGACUGGGUGUCCAUUGAUUAUGGUCUGGAUUUGCAAGCCUGCAUAGAUCUCAUUGAGAAGCCCAUGGGUAUCCUUUCCAUUCUUGAAGAGGAAUGUAUGCUUCCUAAAGCUACUGACAAGACUUUCAAAACCAAACUCUUUGACCACCAUUUUGGAAAGUCAGUUCACUUCCAGAAACCCACGUCUCCUGAGAACUUCGAAGUGCACUUUGAACUUGCUCAUUAUGCAGGGGUGGUCCCUUACAAUAUCAGUGGUUGGAUUGGAAAGAACAAAGAGCUUCUUAAUGAAACAGUGGUGGCUCUACUUCAGAAGUCCUCCAACAAAGUCCUGGCAGGUCUCUUUACAAAUGACAUCAUUGCUAGUAAUGCUACGCAGUUUGGAGAGAAGACACACAAGAAAGAAACAUCAUUCCAAUUGAUCACAUCUCUGCAUAAAGAGAACAUAAGUAAAUUGAUGACAGAUUUGAAAUCAACAGCACCUCAUUUUGUGAGAUGUAUAAAUCCUAAUAAGAACAAAAUUCCAGGUGUAGUGGAUCCUUUCUUGGUUCUCCAGCAGCUGCGCUGUAAUGGUGUCUUAGAAGGGAUUAGAGUAUGCUGUGAAAUGUUUCCAAGUCGGAUGCUAUAUGAUGACUUUAAGCAAAGGUACUGCAUUCUAAACCCAAGGAUCAUCUCAAAGAGCAAGUUUGUGAGCAGCAGAAAAGCAACUGAAGAAGUGCUUGACUUCUUGGAGAUAGGCCAUUCCCAGUACCAGUGUGGAGUCACCAAGGUGUUUUUUAAAGCUCACAUUCUGGACCAGUUAGAAGAAAGAAGAGAUGAAAAAAUAUCUAAAGUCUUCACUUUGUUCCAAGCCAGAGCACGGGGAAAGCUGAUGCGCAUUGCAUUCCAGAAGAUUCUAGAAGAAAGGGAUGCCCUUGCUUUGAUCCAAGAGAACAUAAGAGCUUUCAUUGCUGUGAAGAACUGGCCCUGGAUGGGGCUCUUCUUCAAGAUCAAGCCCCUUGCUAAGUCUGUAGGAGCUGGAGAGGAGAUAGCUGGCCUGAAGGAAGAGUGUGCACAGCUACACAAAGCUUUGGAGAGUGUAGAAUCCCAGAAGGAGGAGCUGAAAACAAAGCAAGCUUCCCUUAUCCAAGGAAAGAAUGAUCUACUUCUUCAGCUGCAGGCUGAACAAGAAACUCUGGCAAAUUCUGAAAAGCAGUGUGAAUCACUGAUUAAAUCCAAGAUAGAGCUGGAAGCCAAAAUCAAGGAGCUCUCUAGGCAGGUGGAGGAAGAAGAAGAGAUAAAUUCUGAGCUGACUGCCAGGGCCCGGAAACUGGAAGAUGAAUGUUCCGAGCUGAAGAAAGAAAUCUAUGACCUGGAAGCAAUAUUGGCAAAGUCAGAGAAGGGGAAGUGUGCAGCGGAGCACAAGGUCAGGAACCUGACGGAGGAGUUGCACUCUCUAAAUGAGGAAGUCAGUAAACUUAGCAGAGCGGUGCAGGAUGCUCAGGAGGCCCAGCAGCAGGCCCAAGAACAUCUGCACAUAGAGGAGGAGAAACUCAGCCAUAUGAGCAAAGCGAACCUGAAGCUGGCCCAGCAAGUUGAUGCAUUGGAAGGUGACCUUGAACGAGAGAGGAAAGCCAGAAUGAAGUGUGAGAGGGAGAAGCACAAGCUGGAAGAUGAGUUAAAGAUGAACCAGGAGGGUGCUGAGAACCUGGAGGGCAGCCGACAGAAGCUGGCAGAGCAGCUGAGGAAGAAAGAAUUUGAAAUGGGUCAAAUGAAUUCAAAAGUGGAGAAUGAGAAGAACCUGGUUUCUCAGCUUCAGAGGAUGGUGAAAGAGCUUCAGACUCAUAUAUUACAUUUGAAGGAGGAACUGGAAAGUGAAAGGACUAUUAGAGCCAAGGUGGAGAGAGAGAAGCGUGACCUUGCCCAAGAAGUAGAAGAUUUGAGUGAGAGGCUGGAAGAGGCAGGGGGGACCAGUUUGGCUCAGACGGAGAUAAGCAAGCAACAGGAAGCAAGAUUUCAGAAGCUUCGCAAUGACAUGGAAGAGACCACACGACACUUUGAGGCAACCUCUGCUUCUUUGAAAAAGAGACAUGCAGAGAACCUGGCUGAGCUCGAGGGCCAGGUAGAACAUUUACAGCAGGUCAGGCAGGUGCUGGAACAAGACAAGAGUGGACUGCAGCUUCAAGUGGAUGACCUCCUGACCCGUGUUGAUCAGAUGGCCAGAGCUAAGGCAAAUGCUGAGAAGCUCUGUGGUCUGUAUGAGAGGCGCUUGAAUGAAGCAAACGCAAAACUGGAUGAGGUGACUCAGUUAGCAAAUGAUCUGACAACACAGAAGACAAAGCUACAGAGUGAGAGUGGUGAAUUCUUUAAAAGACUAGAAGAAAAGGAGGUCCUGAUAAGUCAACUUUCCAGGCAAAAGAGCAACUUGACUCGGCAAGUUGAAGAACUGAGAGCACAGCUGGAGGAAGAGAGUAGGUCUCAGAGUGCCCUGGCCCAUGUCCUGCAGUCAACCAAGCAUGACUAUGACCUUCUACGAGAGCAGUUUGAAGAAGAACAAGAAGUCAAGGCUGAGCUGCACCGGGCUCUAUCCAAAGGCAACAAGGAAACAGUGCAGUGGAGAACUAAGUAUGAACACGAUGCUAUGCAGAGAACUGAAGACUUGGAAGAAGCCAAGAAGAAGCUGGCCAUUCGAUUGCAGGAGGCUGCGGAAGCCAUAGGGGUGUCCAAUGCCAAGAAUGCCUCCUUGGAGAGAGCCAGGCACAGGCUCCAGCUGGAGCUGGGGGAUGCCCUUUCUGACCUGGGGAAGGCUCGCUCUGCAGCAGCAGCACUGGGGCAGAAACAGCAGCACUCUGACAAGGCUCUGGCUGUCUGGAAGCAGAAGCAGGAGGAGGCCCAGGAGCUGCUGCAGGCCUCUCAGAAGGAGGCCCGGGCCCUCAGCUCUGAGGUCCUCACGCUCAGGCAAGCCUGUGAGGAGAGCACCGAGGCCCAGGAGACCCUGAAGAGGCAGAAGCAGGACCUUCAGGAACAGAUUUGUAGUCUCACAAACCAGGUGAGAGAAGGGAUCAAGAACUUGGCUGAAGUGGAAAAGGCCAAGAAACUGAUUGAACAAGAGAAGACUGAAGUCCAAGUGAGGCUGGAAGAAGCUGAGGGAGCUCUGGAACGGAAUGAAAGCAAGAUCCUUCAUUUCCAGCUGGAACUCUCAGAAGCUAAGGCAGAGCUGGAAAGAAAGCUGUCGGAGAAGGAGGAAGAAGCAGAGAGGUUGAGGGAGAAGCAUCAGCAAGCUAUGAGUUCCCUGCAGUCUAAUCUGGAUUUGGAAGCUUCAAGCAGAAUUGAGGCCACCAGGCUGAGGAAGAAGAUGGAAGGGGACCUCAAGGAGAUGGAGAUUCAACUCUGUGCUGCCAACCGGCAAGUGUCACAAACGACCAGAGCCUUGGGCCAGCUUCAGGGUCAAAUGAAGGACCUUCAACAACAACUGGAUGACAGCAUUUACCAGAACAAAGGCCUGAAGGAACAGGUGGCUCUGGCUGAGCAGCGCAACAUUCUUCUUCAGUCUGAACUUGAAGAGCUGAGAUCCUUGCAAGAGCAGACAGAGCGUGGGAGAAAGCUGGCAGAAAAAGAGCUCCUAGAAGCCACAGAGAGAAUCAAUCUUUUCCAUACCCAGAACACAAGCCUGCUCAGCCAGAAGAAGAGACUGGAGGCCGAUGUUGCUCAGGUGCAGAAGGAAGCUGGAGAGAUGUUGCAGGCGUGUCAGAAGGCAGAAGAGAAGGCCAAGAAGACAGCUUCUGAGGCAGCCAACAUGUCAGAAGAACUGAAGAAGGAACAAGACACUAAUGCUCACUUGGAGAGGAUGCGGAAGAGCAUGGAGCAGACAAUUAAAGACUUGCAGAAAAGGCUAGAUGAGGCAGAACAAACUGCUGUGCUGGGGAGCAAGAAGCAAAUCCAGAAACUGGAAUCCAGGGUGCGGGAUCUGGAAGGUGAACUGGAGAGUGAAGUCAGGCGCAGUGCAGAGGCCCAGCGGGAAGCUCGCAGACUGGAGAGAGGCAUCAAAGAACUGACCUAUCAGGCAGAAGAGGACAAGAAAAACCUGAGCAGGAUGCAGGCUCUGUCUGAUAAACUUCAGCUGAAAGUGCAGAGUUACAAGCAGCAAGUGGAAGCCGCGGAAGCACAGGCUAAUCAAUACCUUUCCAAGUAUAAGAAGCAACAACAUGAGCUGAAUGAAGCCAAGGAGAGGGCAGAGGCUGCAGAAUUGCAAGUCAAUAAACUCAGAGCUAAAGCAAAGGAAUUUGAGAAAAAGGUUCGAGAAGAAUAAGGAGUUUCUCUCCAUAAGAAAAGACAUCAUCUGGAAGCAAGCCCUUAAGAAAUAAAUGUGUCAUGAAUGGCAGGCUAAGGAGAUGAUGAAGAAAAUGUCCUGAUCCAAGGGAAUAUAAUCACCUAUUAGAUUAAUGGAUGGCUUUUUGAUUCUCAGUGGCAUGAGAUGUCUCUUCUAAAGUUUCACACAAAAGACUAAACAGACCUAAGAAUCAAUUUUGAUGUUAGAGGAAGGCACGCUUCUUUUUUCCUCCAUUUCUUCAUGCAUAGAACUCAGAGAAGAGCCCUUAGUCUAUGCUUCAAGGAGUCUGGUACAUGAUGAGGAAAGAAUUUUCCAGUUAUCUAACUUUGCUUGACUCAUUCCUGUAUCUUGGUGACAACUGACAAAAAUGUCUCUCAGCACUGUGGAGCAGGAAUUGCCAUAGUUAGGUGCUUUGAACUUGUAGGUAGAGCUUCCUAAUCAAGACACAUGUAGGCACCAUGAUUGUGUGGACUAUAACCUGAGCUGGAUUGUACAAUUGUGGCAGUGGAGCUAAGAGGGAGGAGCAUGUUCUAGAGUUUCUUCCCUUGAAUGGUUCUAGACUAAAGCUGGGAACAAGAAAAAUCUGUAUCAGAGUUAGUAGUUCAAAAUAGAGGAGUUUCUACUUUAUGUGCAUUCUGCCCCAAGCACUAUGACAGUUGAAAAUUAUUUCCUCAGAUCCCAGGUAAAUUCUCAGUAACCAGUUCCCCUGGACCUUUCCUUCCUACUUCCUGCCAGUCUCCUUCAACUUUGCACUCAUGAGUAAAGUUCUAAGGUAACCACCACCAGCUUCUCCUAUGGAACACCUGGCCUGGCCAUAGAGGCUGGGCAUGAGGACAGUUUGGAAAUGUCCCUUACAGGAGUGUUCUGUUCUCAUUGAAGACAAAGCCCUCACCCAUCCCUGUGCAACUCACUACAGACUCUGAAGUCAAAACACCCACAACUGUGUAAAAAUGAUGCCUGACAAUAAAUCCUGUUCUCUGU